AUUUGUUUUUGUCUGAAUACUAAAUUGAGAAAUACCGACUCAUCCGGUCACCGGUGCUCCUUCCGGUAACCACACCUCUCGAAAGCCACCAACGGCUACUAAUAAAAAACCAGAAUCGCCGGUUACCACAAACUCACACGCAUUCAUUCUUCAUAGCGUUAUUUUUUUUUUUUCUUUUCUGAACGGUUAAUACCGCGAUAUUUUUGUUUCCCUCUCAUUCAUUCCGUUGGAAAAGUCACUUUCACUCUCUUUCUUCACCGAAUCACACGUUUCGUGCUGUUUCUUACUCUCCAAAAUCAAUUCGUACUUUCGCGGAGUUACAAAACAAAAAACACGAACGAAGAAAAACAAAGACGAGAAUCUCUCUCCGUCACCGUCGCCGUCGUUAUGGAGUUCGGAGCCACCACAGCGACGUUAACGAAGAAACUAUCUAACAACUACAGUGUUUCCGGAAGAUCUGCUUACGACGGCGUUUUCGCUGCUCCUAUCAAGCUAAGAACUCCAAAUUUCUCUCAACUCGAUGAUUACAACGAGAUUUUCGGUAGCUCCGGAGCUUCUUCUUCUUCGAUUCCGAUUCUCGAACUUCCGGAGCUCAAAGAGAGGAGAGUAAUGACGGAAGAUGUUCGUCACUCGAAGCUCGAUUACUCGAAUGUCUUCGGCGGUUUCGAGAAUCUAGACGCUGCUGUGCCGUUUGAGGAGGUGGUUGUUAAGAAGCCUAAAGAGAAAAGUAGUUUCAGAAACGGAGCAGCGAAACGGAACAAAGUCAAAAGUGGAGAACAAACUUUCCGGGAAGAUCAUACUAAUUCUUCAAAGGAAAUUCCGGCGGUAGCACCUUCAUUUAAUGGUGCCAAAAGGAUCAAUAUGUCAUAUCAUAAAGUUAGCCAAGGAAAUGAAAAUGGAGAAAAUGGGACAACGCAUAUUGCUCAACUUCAUGCUGUUCCUGCUUACACUCGUUUAAUUGAAGAAGUCAAUUCAGUGAAGAUGAACGGCACUAAAAAGUCCAUACCAGUAGCAGUAGCACAUGAUACUUCUUCUGGUAGUCAUUGUGAUGAGGGGAUAAAAGAAGGUGGGAGCUAUGCUAAAUCAUCUGUCGAUCCUUCACCUAAUAAUGCCAAGAAACAGUCUUCCAACAAUGGAGGGAAAGAUAUAAAUAGACCCGAGUCUGACUCUAUUGACCUGUUUUAUGAUGCGUGCGAGACUAGCUAUGGAAGUGAUGGAAUUCAUGAAGUCAAAGCUCCUUCUUCACAGACUGUGACAGCUAAUUUGGAGGAUAAUAAUAUUAAUAACUUCGAUGCUUCGAGAUCAAUGGCAACCAACUGCCAAACAUCUAAAAGUGGCAGAUAUGAAAGUCCUGCUGGUGCCGAUUCGCCAACAUACUUAGAGGAUACGGUUGACUCAAAUUCAGCUGCAGCAGCUUCUGUAGCUGCUUUAAGGAAGGCAAUAGAAGAGGCUCAAGUAAGAAUUAAGGUUGCAAAAGAAUCAAUGAGAAGAAAGAAAGAAGGCUAUCCUGAUCGUGUCAAACAGAAGUCUAGUAUUGACUUGAAAGUCAAAGAAAAAAAGGAAGCUAAACUUGCAUACAGAACAAUGAAAGUUAAAGAGAUUAAUACAAGGCAAACAUUUGGAGAAAUGGAUGCUUUGAUGCCAAUGAGAACAGAGAAAGUAAGAUCAGAUAUUGGGGUUAAAGAAACGUGUACUGCCAACGAAGCACAGAAUAAAUUGAAAUUGUCUCGAGCAGAACAUAAGGAAGAUGUUGAACUGAAAGAAGCAGAUCAGAAAGGAAAAGAUCUCGAGCUUAAAGAGGCAGGAAAUGCUAAGAAUGUCCCAUAUGAUAGGAAUGCUUCUGAAAAACCAGAAGAAUUUGAUCAUUCAGUAGAAAUGGUUAAGGAAUAUUUGGAACGGGAGAACUAUAAAGAAGUCUGUGCAGAUAACGAAGAGGGUUCUAGUGGAGAACAUGUCCACGAAACUAAGCAUAGGUGUCAAGAAGUUGUUGGUGAAACAAUACUGAUUCGGGAGACACUUGACAGUGGAGAUACAGACAAAAGAUUGAAGAUUAAAGAAGUUGAGAACAAGGUUACACCGUUUAAUGAACCAAAUGGCCAUGUAAUUAACCUCGGCGGGAAACCGUCAAUGACAGGAAAUAAAGAAAAUAUUGGCUAUAAGCCAGAAGAUGGUAAGAAGGCUAAAUGGUCCAUUGAUCCGGAAGAAUGCCAAAAAAUAUUGAGAGCUAUUCAGGAACUGGGAAAAGGUGAGAAACACAUUUCUCAAGAGCAAAAAGAAAGUGAUGUUGAAGUGGUCGAUGGGCUGGAAGAAUGUGAAUUGACAGAGUCUCUGGAGCCAACAGACAGUGAGGGACCGUGCAGUCCUGAUCGUUCAGAACUAAUAAGCACGGACAAAGAAAUAUAUAACUCGGGGUGUUUAGAGGAUAAAAAAAGAAGGGAUACAUCUGGUUUUUUGGAUGUAAAUCAAGAGAUAAAACAUUCCUAUUCUCAAGAAGCCACUGAUAGUACAUUUAGUGAUAUCUAUGUGCAGGAAAUCAUGGAAGAUAUUGUUGACCAUAUUCACGAUGAUGAAGAGAUUUAUGAAAGAAAUACAAAGGCUUGUGAUUUAGAUGGACAUGUGAGGCUUCAAGAUGCCCAUCCUCGUGAAAAUGAACUCGAGGGAGCCACGCAUCUGAUGGAAGAAAAUGAGAUGGAAAGGGAAGAUAACAAGGUGCUAGAAGAAGUUAUAGAGACUCAAACUGAUCCAAUUUAUGAAGAGAUAAGAGAAGAAGAAUCUGGCAUCGACACAGAACCCAGUUCUAGCUAUGAGCCGGUUGAAACUGAGAAGUUGAGCAAAAUUCAGGUUUCUAAUACAGUCAAUGAAACUCUUGAAGUAACUCCAGAGUUUUAUUCAUGUGAUCUGCAGGAUGAUAUAAUAGUAGCAAGUAAUGCUUCUAUACAACAUCAAGAGAAAUACGAAGAGCCAGAAUCUGUUCAAGAGACUAAUGAUUUCUGCGAGAAACAUGCAGGCCAGACUUCUUCCUUUGAUCAAGGUGUCCCUGUAUUCGGUGAAACAGUGUAUCAAAUGAAAAAUACAUUUGAAACAGUUAUCACUGAAGAUGAUUCUACAAAUAUUGGUGAAACUGACAUGAAGGUUAGACAAAAUCAAGAUCAGUGUUUGGAAAAGGCAGAAUCUGAUUCUCAUUUGGUUAUGCUUGUUGAAGAAACAAUUCCCGAGUCUAUAGACAUAUGUAAGGAUGUGAAGGAGGCUAGAUUUGUGUCAGAUGAAGAGAUCAAUGAGAAUAGAUCUAACUCCUCUAGUGAGGAAAUGUUAUUCGACAAUGAACAUGAUAUAGAAGCAUCCCAGAUGCCUAGUAUGUCUGAAUGGAAACAAAGCCCUAUCGAAGAAGAGGAGGUUAAAUCAAUUCACAGAAAUAUAGAGGAGAGUCAUCAAGCAUCCAAAGCAAUGGAAGAGAAGAAAGCCAAUGAUAAGUCACAAAAGGUAGAGGUGGAUAAGGAACUCCUAAAAAAAAUUGAUGAAGCAAAAGAUAGAGAAAGAGAAAAGGAGAAAUUAGCUGUAGAAAGAGCUAUUCGUGAAGCUCGUGAAAGGGCAUUUGCUGAUGCAAGAGAAAGGGCAGCUUUGGAGAGAGUUGCAGCUGAAGCACGUCAAAAGAACAUUUUGAAUGGACGAGAACGGCUAAAAGCCACUAGUCAAGCAACUGAGAAAACACCGGCUGAGAAGGCUGCUAUAGAAGCAAAAAUUAAAUCUGAACGUGCUGCUGUGGAGAGAGCAACUGCAGAGGCAAGAACACGUGCCCUGGAGAGGGCACUGUCUGAGAAGGCUGCUUCUGAUGCAAAAACUAAAUCUGACAAGUCUGUUGCAGAGAAACACGGUGCUUCAAGAAGUAAUGGAACAAAGCAACAUUCAAAGUCUUUCAGCCAUGGAGUUCGCGGUUCUACCGAGGUCUUUGAUGGAGCUAAUGCCGACUCUGCUCAGAGAUGUAAAGCUAGGUCUGAGAGGCAUCAGAGAAUAGGGGAACGUGUGGCAAAGGCUCUUGCAGAAAAGAGUAUGCGUGAUCGGCUUGUGCAGAAAGAGCAAGAGGAGAGAAAUAGGGUAGCUGAAGCUCUCGAUGCUGAUGUUAAAAGGUGGUCUAGUGGGAAGGCAGGAAACUUGAGAGCAUUGCUUUCGACAUUACAAUAUAUCCUUGGACCCGAUAGCGGCUGGCAACCAAUUACUUUAACAGAAAUAGUAACCGCACCUGCUGUAAAGAAAGCUUAUCGUAAAGCUACUCUUUGUGUGCAUCCUGACAAGCUGCAGCAGCGAGGGGCCAGCGUUCAGCAAAAGUACACUUGUGAGAAGGUUUUCGAUCUUCUAAAGGAAGCUUGGAACAGAUUCAACAUGGAAGAAAGGUGAACAAUGCAUGAUAGUUUUCUGAUGAUCAUGCGCUCGGAGGUCACAAUUCUUUCAAGUGAAUAAUUCAAUGAAAAGUAAGAUCAUAUUCGAAUGUAGUAGGCAAAUUUAGAUGGCCUACAGGUGAAAACUUUCAAUAUAUAUAUAAAGCUCAUUGUUAUUUAUGUUCUA